CACUUUGAAGUCGCAGUCGCUUCUCCGCUCUUUCCCUGGAAAGGCUUCAACCUCAUCCAUCCCCCGUUACUCUGAGCAAAAAUCCCCCGCCUCUUCAACGCUUUCUUCUUUGCUUCCAGGGUCAAGUUAACUAAGCUUAUACAGAAAUUUAAAGACCAUAAAAUGGAGCAACGGAUGGCUGGCCUGGGUGCAGGAACCAUUUAGUGGCUGCUUUCGUUCAUCCAAUCCUUAUGCUGAAGCAAACAGGACAGAAAUGGUGUUCAAAAACAAGCUCUUCUUUUCCUCUUCAAAGAAAUCGGAUUCUGAUGGAUCCAAUAGCCCUCGAUCCACUUCCAAUUCCCCGAUCCGAUCCGACAAGAAAAAACCCAAAGCUUCAACCUCGAAGCCUGACUCCCAGCAGAUCCCCAAUUCCACCUCCCCUUUCAGUCCCGUAGCUUGCAAGAAAACCCAAGUCAAAGAUGGACUCAGACGCUUGGACCUCAAAGCCAAAGAACCCCAACCCCAAACCCCAAGUGCCAAGCCCUCUUCUUCUACCCCCAAGAAGCCCGAUGCCAAGGACGGGCCCUCCUCUGUGUCGCCGAUUCUGGCCUCUUCCUUGGGGUUGAAUCGGAUAAAAACCCGGUCCGGCCCCUUGCCGCAGGAGAGCUUUUUCAGUUUCAGAGGGGAGAAAAGUGCGGCGGCUUCUGUGCUUGGAGCUAGUAACUUGUCCAGGCCCGGAGGUUCAAGGAGCGUUGCUGGCGAUGGUAGUUCGGGGAAAUCGGGUUCUGGGAAGAAAGACAGUUUGAAUCAGAGGUUGUUGCAAGAGAGUUUGCUUGAUAAUGCGAGCAAUUCGGAUAGUAUGUCGACUGGGAGUGGUGGUGGUGGGUGGCACUCAAGAGAACAGAGCCCUAGUGUGCAAGGGAAGUCUCGGUUGCAGAAUGGGGAAUCAUCCUCCGAAGCUGGGCAAAAUGAGUCAUCAUGGGGCCGUUCUGGAGGCUUAAAAAGUUCAGAUUUUUGUACGCCAGAGACUUCAUAUGAUUGUGAAAAUCCAAAGGAGUCUGAAUCACCACGUUUCCAAGCUAUUCUUCGUGUUACAAGUGGGCCUCGAAAGAGGUUUCCUGCUGAUAUUAAGAGCUUUUCCCAUGAAUUAAAUUCCAAAGGUGUACGACCCUUUCCACUUUGGAAACCUCGACGAUUAAACAACUUGGAGGAGAUCUUGGUUGUGAUUCGUGGAAAAUUUGACAAAGCAAAGGAGGAAGUGAAUGCUGAUCUGGCUAUUUUUGCCGCAGAUCUUGUUGGAAUUCUUGAAAAAAAUGCUGAAAGUCAUCCUGAGUGGCAGGAAACUAUUGAGGAUUUGCUGGUUCUGGCUCGAAGCUGUGCUAUGACACCACCUGGAGAGUUUUGGCUUCAGUGUGAAGGUAUUGUUCAGGAGUUAGAUGAUAAGCGUCAAGAACUUCCUCCAGGCACGCUUAAGCAGCUUUAUACCCGAAUGCUUUUCAUUCUCACAAGGUGUACAAGAUUGUUGCAGUUCCACAAAGAAAGUGGGUUGGCUGAAGAUGAACCUGUGAUACAACUUCGCCAAUCUAGAGUUCUGCACCCUGUAGAUAAGAGAACUUCUUCAGGUGUCCUAAGAGAAGCAAAAAGUGUGAGUGCAUCAAAGGCGUCGAAGUCGUCAAAGGCAGCUUCAUCUAAGAAAGCUUAUAGUCAGGAGCAACAUGCCUUGGAUUGGAAGACGGACCUUCUUGUACUGCCAGGAGGUUUUAUUGCUCCUUCUGAUGACACUCCAAAGAACUUGGAGUCUCCUGCAAGCAGAGACAGGAUAGCUUCUUGGAAGAAACUCCCAUCUCCUGCCAAAAAAGGUCCAAAGGAAGUCAUUGCUCCCAAGGAGCAGAAUGAUAAUAAGAUUGAAACCUUGAAAAGGAGAGGAGCUUCUGAUGUAGAUCUGGCUGCUAUGAAGCUUCAGGAGCUUCCUCCUGCAAAAGAAUCACAAGAACAAUCUUCUAAGCAUCAACACAAAGUUUCUUGGGGUUACUGGGGAGAUCAACCAAAUGUUUCUGAAGAAAGUUCCAUAAUAUGCCGCAUUUGCGAGGAGGAGGUGGCCACCUCAAAUGUGGAAGAUCACUCAAGAAUAUGUGCAGUAGCUGAUCGAUGUGAUCAGAAGGGCUUAAGUGUUGAUGAACGUCUUGUAAGAAUUGCUGAAACGCUGGAGAAGAUGACAGACUCCUUUGCUAAUAAGGACAUCCAACACCUUGGGAGCCCAGAUGUUGCUAAAGUAUCAAAUUCAAGUGUGACUGAAGAAUCUGAUGUUCUAUCUCCUAAACUAAGUGAUUGGUCCAGGAGAGGUUCAGAAGACAUGCUUGAUUGUUUUCCUGAAGCGGAUAAUUCCGUUUUUGUGGAUGACCUUAAGGGUUUGCCUUCCAUGUCAUGCAAAACUCGCUUUGGUCCUAAGUCUGAUCAAGGAAUGACAACAUCAUCUGGAGGAAGCAUGACUCCUAGAUCUCCUUUAUUGACGCCAAGAACUAGUCAGAUAGACUUGUUAUUGUCAGGCAAGGGUGCUUUUUCUGAGCAAGAGGAUCUUCCACAGAUGAAUGAACUAGCUGAUAUUGCAAGAUGUGUAGCAAACAUGCCAUUGGUUGAUGAUCGUUCCAUACCAUAUUUACUAUCUUUUCUUGAGCACUUGAGACUUGUCAUAGACCGCAGAAAAUUUGAUGCACUUACAGUAGAAACAUUUGGGGCGCGUAUUGAGAAGCUGAUUAGGGAGAAGUAUUUGCAGCUUUGUGAGUUAGUGGAUGAUGAAAAGGUUGAUAUAACAAGUACCAUCAUUGAUGAGGAUGCUCCUUUAGAGGAUGAUUUGGUUCGUAGUUUGAGAACUAGCCCUAAUCAUUCGUCUAGGGACCGUACCUCCAUAGAUGAUUUUGAGAUAAUAAAGCCAAUUAGUCGUGGAGCAUUUGGGCGUGUUUUCUUAGCUAAAAAGAGAACAACAGGAGAUCUUUUUGCAAUAAAGGUUCUAAAGAAGGCAGAUAUGAUUCGCAAGAAUGCAGUUGAAAGUAUAUUAGCAGAGCGUGAUAUUUUGAUUUCAGUUCGCAACCCAUUUGUGGUUCGAUUCUUCUAUUCAUUCACUUGCCGUGAUAACUUGUAUCUUGUGAUGGAGUAUUUAAAUGGAGGAGAUUUGUAUUCGUUAUUGAGAAAUUUAGGCUGCUUGGACGAAGAGGUUGCUCGUGUAUACAUAGCGGAAGUUGUGCUUGCCUUGGAAUAUUUACAUUCUCUCCAUGUGGUUCAUCGUGAUUUGAAGCCUGAUAAUUUGUUAAUUGCACAUGAUGGUCAUAUCAAGUUGACAGAUUUUGGGCUUUCAAAGGUUGGUCUCAUCAACAGCACUGAUGACUUAUCUGGUCCAGUAGUUAGUGGAACAUCUCUACUUGAUGAUGAGCAGCCUCAAUUAUCUGCAACUGAGCAUCAGCAAGAGAGGCGGAAGAAACGUUCUGCUGUGGGAACACCCGACUAUUUGGCACCAGAGAUUCUUUUGGGAACUGGACAUGGUGCAACGGCGGAUUGGUGGUCUGUGGGUGUCAUUUUGUUUGAACUGAUUGUUGGCAUUCCACCGUUCAAUGCAGAGCAUCCACAGACAAUAUUUGAUAAUAUUCUCAACCGUAAAAUACCUUGGCCACGGGCACCUGAAGAAAUGAGCCUGGAAGCAAAAGAUCUAAUUAAUCGACUCUUGACAGAAGAUCCCCAUCAGAGACUUGGAGCCAAAGGAGCAUCAGAGGUGAAGCAGCAUGUAUUUUUCAAAGAUAUCAAUUGGGACACCCUUGCAAGGCAAAAGGCCGCUUUUGUUCCCACUUCAGAGAGUGCACUUGAUACCAGUUACUUUACAAGUCGCUACUCAUGGAAUACUUCUGAUGACCAUGCAUAUCCUGGUAGUGAGUUUGAUGAUUCCAGUGAUGCUGAUAGCUUAAGCGGCAGUAGUAGUUGCCUGAGCAACCGCCAAGACGAAGUGGGAGAUGAAUUUGGAGGCAUGGCUGAAUUUGAGUCUGGUUCAUCUGUCAAUUAUUCUUUCAGUAAUUUCUCAUUUAAGAAUCUCUCCCAGCUCGCAUCAAUUAACUAUGACCUGCUGUCUAAAGGUUGGAAGGAUGAUCAUCCAGCAAAUUCUAAUGCAUAGGAAGCUCCUCUUCUUUGUGAGAGCUUGGUUUUUUGACAUUAGAUUGAUUUGGCAUAUUUAAGGAGCCUCAUCACCUGUGUUGUUUGUAUACCCUGUACAUAGAUAGAAGAAAACUUGGGAUUGAAACUGCUUCGGGAUGUGCCUUUUAAUAGGUAACCAGUCUACACUCUGGGAUUUCAAAUUUACUGUGCAGCUGCUUAGAUCCUGAAGACCUUAGUGUACCCUGAUUUUACAUGCCACAGUGUUGGUUUCUGGUGUUUUGGCCAAUGGUGUAAUUUGUGAUUUUUUAUUGUUGUGUUUUUUUCUGCAUAGUCUUCAGAGCAAUGAAACCACAUCCCUUAUGUUCAAUUCAAAAGUGUUUUUUGGCUCUUUUAAGAAUGGUCCAAUGCUUCCAACAAUUUAUAACCAUGCCUUGGUAGGUUGGAAAAUGGGAGUUGUAAUUACUAUAUAACAUUAGGUGGCCUUAAAUUUUGCAUUUAAUAUUUGGCUCUCAAAAGUUUUGCCCUGAUAUCUGUUGAGUCACAGGAUUAGGCCAUUGUAUAAGUUGUAAGAUUGUACUUUGUAGUCAAAUAUCUGAUGGAAUGAAAUAUAAAUUGCUUCUGUUGUUGCAAUUA